CUCUUUCUGAGACUUAUUUCGCGUGGCUGGAGCGUCAGAUUGGGCGCCAGGGGGCGGAAAUACGUCAGGGCGAAUUCCCGUGAUCCGCGGAGACGUCCAAGACAGCAGGAAUGGAGGAGGUGCCUCAGGGCUGUCCCGGGACCGGCAGCGCCCAGGCGGGCCAAGGGGCCUCAUGUCAGGGGUGCCCCAACCAGCGGCUCUGCGCUUCCGGAGCCGGCGCGGCCCCGGACCCAGCCAUAGAAGAAAUCAAAGAGAAACUGAAGACCGUGAAACACAAAAUCUUGGUGUUAUCUGGGAAAGGUGGUGUUGGGAAAAGCACAUUCAGCGCCCACCUCGCCUACGGCCUCGCGGAGGAUGAAAACACCCAGGUCGCUCUUCUGGACAUUGACAUAUGUGGGCCGUCGAUUCCCAAGAUGAUGGGAUUGGAAGGAGAGCAGGUUCACCAGAGUGGCUCGGGCUGGUCUCCAGUGUUCUUGGAAGACAACCUGGGGGUGAUGUCGGUGGGUUUCCUGCUCGGCAGUCCUGACGAUGCCGUUAUCUGGAGGGGACCAAAGAAAAAUGGCAUGAUCAAGCAGUUCCUUCGGGACGUGGACUGGGGCCAGGUGGACUACCUCAUCGUGGACACCCCGCCGGGCACGUCGGACGAGCACCUCUCGGCCGUCCAGUACCUGGCCGCGGCGCGCAUCGACGGGGCGGCCAUCAUCACCACUCCUCAGGAGGUGUCCCUCCAGGAUGUCCGCAAAGAAAUCAGCUUCUGCCGGAAGGUGAAGCUGCCCAUCAUCGGAGUGGUGGAGAACAUGAGCGUCUUCAUCUGCCCCAAGUGCAAGAAAGAGUCUCAGAUAUUCCCCCCAACAACAGGGGGUGCAGAGCGCAUGUGCCAGGAUCUGAAGAUCCCUCUCCUUGGAAAAGUGCCCCUGGACCCACACAUAGGUAAGAGUUGCGACAAAGGACAGUCUUUUUUGAUUGACGCACCGGACUCGCCAGCCGCCGUAGCCUACAGAGGGAUCAUUCAAAAAAUCCAGGAGUUCUGUGGCCACCAUAAGCCAAAGCAAGAGCCCCUCCCCAGCUCCUGAACCACGAGAGAACAGGCAAGACGCAGGCCGCCCGAGCAGCGUGGGGACACAGUGGGGGUCACAGGCAGAAAGGGACCAGACUCUGGUAGGGCAUGAAGUCAUUUUUUAGAGAUGCUUUAAUCCUAAUGUUUGUAUACUUUGACAUACAGAAAGGCUUUCUUUACCAAUACGUGGUCUUAAAAAAUUAAAAACCUCCUCAAACCUGUCCCCCGAGGCCUGCGUCCGGUGAGAAGCCAGCAGCUUGCUGCUCGGGGGAUUCUGCUCCAACGGAAGCUUGUUCAGUUAUAGGACUUCUCACUUAGGCCGCUGUCGCCGCAGAAGUGAAGCCUGAAAAGGAACCACAGGGAUGGAUGUGUGGCCUCAUUGCAAAAUCCAGUCAUGGUUUCAAACAGCCUCGUCCAAAUGCUGCUCCUUGUGAAGGAGGGAGAAAUGAAAAUAGUCCCCCAAGCCCUUGAAAAGCCCUAAAUCACCCUGUAAACAGAACGGGGGGCCGGGGGCAUGUGUGCACUGGACGCAGUCACGUCCGGCGUCCUCCAGUACAGGACAGGGUCUCUUUCCAAGUCCAUGAAAGCAGAGACUGAUGUCAACUCGAGAGUCCUCUCGUGGCCGGGAGCGGGGCAGGAACGACGCCACCAGGGGAAGGUUUCCAGGGCGGUCCGCACACACAUGGACAGACAGGCAAACCCCUGUUCUCUCCCUCCCCCUCUCUCAGUUCCUGCCCCUCCCUUCAGGCCUGCUCGUAGGGCGGCUUUCGUACAUGUUCCUCGUGAGCACAGGGUAAGGGCAGGCUUGGCAAACCCCCGAGGCUGCAGGCUGGCCCCCUGGGUCCGACCUCUUACCUAAUGCUUGUGCAUCUCCAGCCCCGCGGGGCCAGGCUUCUGGAAGUCCCUCGGGCUGGCCUGUGAGGGGAAAAGUCAGCUGUGGCUUUGUCCUCACAUGUGAGGGGCCCGAUUCUGCUGAUUCAGGGGCCAGAGCAAACCCACAAUGGAACCAAAAGCCCACAGAGCCCGUUGCUCAACGUCUUGGCAUAAAGCAGCACUGGUCAGGUUUUAAGACGGUUCAAUCCACUUGAAGAUGAACCUUACCCAAUUUGAAAGCGCACUCUCCCUUCUAGAAAUACAAGCGAAGUUAAAAAAUGGUUUGGUGUAGUAUUGUUGUGUGUGUGGUCCGGACAGGGCAGCCAUUUGCCAUUGGCCUUGUUCACCGCCAGCGCCCGGAGGGCGGGGCCAGGAGGAAGACCACUCACCGUUGGGAGCACCGUGUGGGACAGAAAACCGGCUGUGACUUUGCUGAUGUCCCUCUCGCCUCCCAUCUUGCAAAGGACGUAGCCAUAGAGGUUAGCAGCUUGGAGAGAGAUGCCGGCUGUCACGAGGGCCUGCGCUCGGACAAAGCAAACUCUUUGAAGAGCAUGUAUUGAAACGUCCCCCCUCAAGCCACACGGCAGGGGCUCUGGCCUGUACCUGGUAACAGCCAGUCCCCCCCGAGCACGCCUCUUGUCCUCAGCAGCCCAAGAGGUCGGUGCCAUCAUUGCCCCAUUUUACAGGGAGGAAACUAAAGCCCAGAGACACCAAAGUGCCCAAGUCCCAGAGCUGAUGCCUGCAGACCAGCACCCCAACUCCACCGCCCCUGCUUGUAAUGACCCUGUGCUCCCAGUGGGGAUUUCGGUGUUCCCACACGUGAGGCGGGUCCCAGCAAUGCAAUUGUAAGAAAACUGUCAAAUAAAACUUGAGAACGCUGA